CCGCCGAACGAACGCCUUGUUGUUACUCGCGCGAGGCUCGAGUCGGCAGCAUGCCGCUCCGCGUGUCGCCGUGUUAUCCAUCGAAACGCGAUUAUUUCCCACGAACAAUUAGCUCGAUUAUCAUCCCGUGCAAUUACACUUCCGCGAUUGACGAUGAAUGGAAACGCGGAGUCUAAAUACGCUAAGCGCCUCGAAAUAUAUCCCAGAUAGCACAGAGAGAAUUGAAAAAGAAUUCGGUCAUAAUUGGAUUUUAAUUAAAUCAUUAAUUUAACUUCAUUAAUCGUACUGUAUUGCGCGAAAUUAAAAUAUCAACGUUAUUUUCUAAUUUUUCGCUUAUAAACGGAAUAUCGCGUAUAUACGAAACAGAUCGACUGCGAGUCGAGCAGCACGGCGUGCUGAGCACGCGUUUGAUUUAGCAAACCUUCGAUUUGCAGCCUUCGAUUUUGAUCGUCGUGUUAAUUUACCAGUUUUACGAAUGUCGAGCGAAUCGUGGAACCUCGCAUUAGUUUCACAAUCGCGUUUCGACGAGAUUCCAUCGUAAUGUAUAUACUGUAAAGUGCGCGUGGCGUGAAAUUAAUGUCGGGAAUGCCGUGCCGUGCGAUUAUCUUAUUGUUAGUAUAUAAUAUGCGCGACAAUUGGCCGAGUUUUCGCGAGUGUUAUAAGUAUAUAAUGAACGAAUUUGAGAGGAGAAGGAAAUCUGAGAGGCACUGGAUAACAGCGGAGCAAUCAUGGGGCGCUCGAGGAGGCCUCCCCGUAUUGCCUCACGGACCAUAUUGCCGACCAACCGCAGGAAAUCCCAUCCAGCCGAAGGGAAAACUCGCUGCCACGGAUAAACGCGCGGCGGUCGCAUCCACUUUAUAUAGGGCUCGGGGCGGGAUGCGGGAGGAAAAUCGGGCGAGAAACGUCGACGAGACGAGACGACGAAGCGGCGAAAGUUUCGAUCGGUCGAUGAUUUAGUGGGCAGGCCGUUUCAUACAGUGCUAUACCCUACCCGACUGCUGCGAUUCUUCCCGACGCAGCUUCCCGCGCGCGUCCUCCUCCAGCCCCCGCGAGGAGCACCGACGUGCUGCACACUCGGGGAUGUAGUUACGCGGUUGGCACGAGCGCGGGAUCGACGGUGCGGGGACGAGUGAUGCGAUGAUCGAGUGCACCCUUCCACGCGCUGGAUUCUGACAAGAAUCUGGGAUCGUAUGUUUCUGAGGCCUAAGGAUCUGGAAAACGUGAGGGAUGCCACAGGGAAGCAUUCAAUGGCAGGGGACGCAGAGAAGAGCCUGCGGGCCUGGGGCUAAUUGGAACGUGCAGGUGGUGAGAGGCAAGGUGACAACGCGGUGCUUGUGGCACGCCUGCAAAGCUCUCGGAAUUGGGCUGCUGCUAAUGCUUUUAGGAGCUUGCAUGGCGACCAUAGGAUAUUACGCGGAUCAGCUGUCGGUGGCGCAAGAGAUCAGAGGUAAUAUCACGGUAAAGGUGAAGAACGAGUCACGCGGGUUUCACCUGAAUAAUCUGAGCUACGCCGGCCCGGUCGUUAUGGGUCUAGGAGGCUUUAUUGUGGUAGCUGCCUGCGUGAUGACUUUCGAAGCGCGUGACAGCGCGGCCAAGGUGGUGCCGGCUCGCUACCGCUUCAACCAGACGUCAACGAUAAGGAGUUCGAAGAGCCAGCGCAACAGAAGAUCGACAUCGAGUCAGACGACAAAGUGGGACCACCAGCUGGGCCUGUUCAGGGUGAACCGCAGCCCGAGCCCCAGUACGCACGAGGUCUCCAGGAAACAGCUGACGGCGGAGUUCAUGCAGUUCUCAAAGGAUCUGCAGGAGAAAGGCGUGGCGCACUCCAUAAAGAAGAGCCCGAGCGCACCAACGUUGAUCGACAAGAAGUCGCCGCGUCGGAGAUCGCCUAAAUACGCGGGCUGCUCGCUACUUAAUCCAGAGCUGCUGCAGAGACACGCUCUUUCGGUCGACAAUCCGAGCUACAGUCCGCAUCAGGUCAGCAGAGAAAGUCUGGAGCAUCAAAAGAGCGGUAGUCAAGCCUCAAUGGCGAUGGAUCUGCAUAUUCCGAACAAAGGUCCCGUUACGCUCAAAGUGAAGGACCGAUCCGACACAGCCAGACGACAUCAGCUGCUUCGUCAAACAAAAGUGGAAGACGUCGAGGAAGUCGAUGAGGCUACGCGACCACCGCCGACUCUCGUGCACUCGCCUAAAUUGCCAGGUGCCUAUUGCAGAUAUCCAGACGACUUCGUGCCAAGAAAAAGAAAUUCGAUAGAUCUGAGAUUGUUGGAAGAGUUGACGGUGGUGUCGAAAGAAUUUAGUAAGGCCUCGCCACGUGACUUCCGCAAAAUCUCCUCGCCAAACUUCCGUAAAAUGUCGUUCGACAGAAUCGGCGGUGAUCGUCGCUUCGACAGAACGAUGGGACAUCGAAAAGCUAGCCUCGAGUUCCGAAGAAGUCCGGACUUUCGAAGAGGAGACUACAGGAAACUCUCGGUAGACAGAUUCAGCGUCGAUUGUACCCGAUACAUGUUCGACGAGGCAGAGAUGAAGCCACGAGCGAGCAGCGGGGAGAGCCUGCGAAGGCAAUCGCGUCAUCAUCCUAAGCUACAUCAUUCCAGAUCGGACGACAACAGGCGGCGAUCCUUCGACAGGCACACGAAGGAUCCGCAGUCGAGUCGACACUCCCUGAACACUCAGGUCGUCAUGGAGAGCUCCGUGUGCGAUUGCGAGCCGAAAUACUUCACGACGGUGUCCCUUGACACUGAGGAGAGCCGCGGCGACAAUUCCGACGAGAGCCACGUGGUGGACAUCGAGGAGACGAACCUCAGCGCUCGGUCGUCCGAGGGGCACGCGGAGGGUGACAUGCUGCUCGAGGAGCCGGAAUUGGAGAACCUCACGGAGAUCGACGUGGAGAGCUCCGGGGACGAUCUCGACGACGAAGGGAAGACCGAGUCGCGCAGAUCGGCAAGCGAGAGGACUACCGACACGACGAUAGAAAAUCCCAUGAUUAUCGCCGACGACAAGGACCCGCAGACGACAGUCGAGGAAGCGCACAAUUCGGAGCAGACCGAGAAACACGAGACGACUCUGUACAUAGAAGAUGACGAAGUGUGAAGAAUGAAGGAGGAUUUUCGAGAAUUUAACGACGUACCUCAGGCCAUCCUGGGGGAUGAAAUAACGACGACGUUUGCGAAGCAUGGAAAAUCCAUGGUGUUCAACAUUGCUGGCAAUGUUUCUUCGCAAAUGUGAGAGGACCACGCAAGGAUUCAGUGAUGACUGUCUAUCGAUCGCGAAAUCGUCUUCGAACGCGACGUUACGUCGUGAAACAUGCUCAACGACUUAACACACACACACACAUACACACACGGCAUAAAUAAAUAAAUAAAAAAAAUAAAGAAACCGAGAUCACGUACGAAUUGCGUUUUGUAACGAGACAAUCAUUUUUUAUCGGCAUCUCGCUCUGCCCUUCGCGCAAGGGUAACGUGGGUGUACAACAUUCGCCACACUGAUGACAAAUAAUUGUUAUCCAACAAAUUUUGACGUAGCGCGUAGACGGUAAUAGACCUAACGUAAUAAAGUAUAAGAUUCGUUGAAACGCAAACGUGAUUAAACCAUACCAAAGAGAAGUUUUUUGUACUUACGGGAAAAUAUAACGUUCGCCUGUAAAUACGUUUGUCGGAUCAACCCGUUCGAGCGUUUGUGUCUCUCUGACGACAAAGUCAGAGGCAUAUAUGUUGCGCCAUUCAAAGUGAAUCUUGUCUGGUAGAAAACGUUAUUAGAAUACAAAGUGUCUCAGCGCGUUUAUUCUCAGCUCUUAAUAAAAAAAAAAUAAUAAUUGCGUUCAUUUGACGAAAAAAUUAUUUCUCAAUGAUAAUUCAAUUUUGUUGUUGGAUUGCCGAAAAAAUUUCAAGUGCACUUCAUUUUAAGAUACAUAGAAUUUCAAUUUAUUUCAAAUCUACCAAAGAGCAUUCACGCAGCUGGAGUAUAAAGGACGCAGUAAAAUAUGCGGUGAACCCUAUACAUGUACAUGAAUAUUUACGAAGAUUGGCGAUGUUUUGGCGAGGAAAGGAAAUCUGUGAGGAAUAUAUUAGCCCCGUAACUGUGUUUAUAUAUACGCAUACGUUACUCUUUACACAAGAUUCAUGCAUUUAUAUGGCACAAUUUUCUCAUACGAAAAGCAGAACGUUGUAAUCUCCUCGACAUGAAUAGAUUUGAGAACCGAUGUAAGAGAGACAUUUUAAAAAGGAUACGAGCCAAAGUAAGUUACACUAGAUAACAAAAUGCAGUGAAAAUUUUUUUAUAUUACGAAUGCAUUAUUCCCUUCUUUUACUCAUUUAUUCUACAUUUUUAGUUUCCUCGCGUGUAUUUCUACGCUUUAUAUUUCCAUUAUAUGUACAUUAUUCAUUCCCUCGUGCUUUAAAAAUAUUGAUUCGUAUCCUUUUUAAAUAUUCAAUGGAUUUGAUGUAGUUUUCUUAGCAAUAAGAGAGAUCCAAUAACUUUCACAUGAGAUCCAUAAAAUAUUCGAAGAAAAUUUUGAUUAAUAUUAAUUCAUCCGUUACAAUGAAUUUAAUAUUAACUGUCCAACAUUGUGUAUAUUUUCCAGAGUUGUCACAUACGAUUAAUUACAUACUUUGACUGAAAACUACAUUUGUUGUUUAUAAAGUAAAGGAAGAUAAAAAAUUAAUUAAUCUUGAAAAUCAUAUAAAAUAUUUUUGGAUUUCAAAAGCAAUUCUUGCUUAUUCAUAUUGCAUAUAAAAUUCUUUUCAGAUAUUUUUUGUAAUAUAAAAAUAUUGAAUGAAAAAAAUUCUAACGCAAGUUGUUUUUACAAAAUUGAAUCUUUGCAGAAUUCUAUUUUGUAUUUUCCAUUUUACGUUUCAGAACAUGCUAUUUGUAAAGAAACAAUAUACGUAAGUAGCGUU